AUGUCGUUACUGGGGACGAUUAACCCCAACCUCACUGAGGCCGAGCAAUCUAUCUCGGUCUCGCGUGAGGUUCGUCGCCAUGACCCUGCUGCCAGUGUUAGUACUGGCGAGACCAUGAUGGAGGAGGAGAAGGUCGAGAUCACCAAUGAUGAUCAGAUUGACGAGGAGGUCACCCGUCUCGCCCGCAAGCUCACCCGCGAGUCUACCCGCUUCUCCGUGACCGAGGGCGAGAACACCUUUCUGGAGACCAAGGAGGACUCAACCCUCAACCCAGCGAGCCCUAAUUUCCGCGCCCGUAAUUGGAUGAAGAACCUGUUGGCCCUGACCUCACGGGACCCCGAACGCUAUCCCCAACGCCAGGCAGGUGUCUCUUUCCGCAAUCUCAGCGUUCAUGGAUUUGGUAGUCCCACAGAUUACCAGAAGGAUGUGUUCAACUCCGUCUUCCAGAUCGGAGCACUGUUCCGCAUGGCGACUGGUACUGGUAAGCAGAAGAUUCAGAUCUUGCGGGAAUUCGAUGGUCUGGUCAAGAGCGGCGAGAUGCUCGUCGUGCUGGGCCGUCCAGGUAGUGGUUGCUCAACCUUCCUCAAGACUCUAGCUGGAGAAAUGAAUGGUAUCUACAAGGACAAGGAGUCACACAUGAACUACCAGGGUAUCUCCGACAAGCAGAUGAAGAGCCAGUUCCGCGGCGAGGCCAUCUAUACCGCCGAAACUGACGUUCACUUCCCCCAGCUUUCUGUUGGUGACACCUUGAAGUUCGCCGCCUUGGCUCGUGCUCCUCGCAACCGUUUGCCAGGUGUUUCCCGGGAUCAGUACGCUGAACACAUGAGAGAUGUUGUCAUGGCCAUGCUUGGUCUGUCUCACACCAUCAACACCAAGGUCGGUAACGAUUUCGUCCGUGGUGUUUCCGGUGGUGAGCGCAAGCGUGUCAGUAUUGCCGAGGCCACCCUAUGUGGUAGCCCUCUUCAGUGCUGGGAUAACAGUACACGUGGUCUGGACAGUGCCAACGCCCUGGAGUUCUGUAAGACUCUGAACCUGAUGACCAAGUACUCUGGCACCACUUGUGCCGUUGCCAUUUACCAAGCCUCCCAGAGCGCCUACGAUGUGUUCGACAAGGUUACUGUUUUGUACGAGGGCCGACAGAUCUACUUCGGUCGUACCGAUGAGGCGAAGGCGUUCUUUGUUAAUAUGGGUUACGAUUGCCCUGAGCGUCAGACCGACGCCGACUUCUUGACUUCGCUUACAAGCCCUCACGAGCGUAUUGUGCGCCCUGGCUUUGAGAACGCUGUUCCCCGAACUCCCGAUGAGUUCGCUGCUGCCUGGAAGAACAGCAAGGAAUACCGCAGCUUGAUCAAGGAGAUUGAGGAGUAUGACCAGAGCUACCCUCUGGGCGGAGAGGCUCUGCAGAAGUUUAUUGCUGGUCGCAAGGCUGUGCAGGAUAAGAACCAGCGCGUCAAGUCUCCUUUCACGAUGAGUGUGGUCCAGCAAAUUAGCCUGUGUGUUACUCGCGGUUUUCAACGCUUGAAGGGUGAUGCCAGUUUGACUCUGUCGCAACUUAUCGGUAACUUCAUCAUGGCCUUGAUCAUCGGCUCCGUCUUUUUCAAUCUGCAGGAUGUCACCUCUAGCUUCUACUCUCGUGGUGCUCUCCUUUUCUUCGCCGUCCUCCUGAACGCUUUCUCCAGUGCCCUCGAAAUCUUGACUCUUUACGCGCAACGUCCCAUUGUCGAAAAACAAGCUCGUUAUGCCAUGUACCAUCCCUUCGCCGAGGCUGUUGCUUCAAUGUUGUGUGAUAUGCCAUAUAAGCUUCUCAACGCCGUGACCUUCAACGUGACUCUGUACUUUAUGACGAACUUGCGCCGCGAGCCAGGCGCUUUCUUCGUUUUCCUCAUCUUCUCGUUCGUCACCACCUUGACCAUGUCUAUGAUCUUCCGUACGAUUGCUGCGUCCUCCCGAACCCUCUCCCAGGCGUUGGUGCCCGCUGCCAUCCUGAUCCUGGGUCUGGUCAUCUACACUGGUUUCACGAUCCCGACUCGCGAUAUGCUUGGUUGGUCCCGAUGGAUGAACUACAUUGACCCUAUCGCGUAUGGAUUCGAGUCCCUGAUGGUCAACGAGUUCCACGGCCGCAAGUUCCUGUGUGAGGAGACCUCUAUGGUCCCGUCAGGUGGUUCUUACGACUCACUAUCGCUUGCUUACAAGAUUUGCUCCACUACCGGUGCCCAGGCUGGAUCCCAGUACGUCUAUGGUACUGACUACCUCAGCACAAGCUUUGAGUACUAUGACAGCCACAAGUGGAGAAACCUUGGUAUCAUGUUCGCUUUCAUGAUUUUCUUCUUGACUACCUACCUCGUUGCCACUGAGUAUAUUUCCGAGUCCAAGUCCAAGGGUGAGGUUUUACUCUUCCGUCGUGGACAGACGCCCAAGCACGCCGAGAGUGGAGAUAUCGAAAGCACCCAGGUUGUUAGCCCGGCCGAGAAGACCAACGCUGACCCUGAGGUCAGCGCGGCUAUCCAGCGCCAGACGGCUAUCUUCCAAUGGCAGGACGUGUGCUAUGAUAUUAAAAUCAAGAGCGAGGAACGCCGUAUUCUGGAUCACGUUGAUGGUUGGGUCAAGCCCGGCACUUGCACAGCUCUAAUGGGUGUGUCUGGUGCUGGUAAAACCACACUAUUGGACGUCCUCGCUACUCGUGUUACCAUGGGUGUUGUGACAGGUGAGAUGUUGGUCGACGGUCGCCAGCGUGACCAGUCUUUCCAGCGCAAGACUGGCUACGUUCAGCAGCAGGAUUUGCACUUGUACACUACCACAGUUCGGGAAGCCCUUCGAUUCUCUGCUAUUCUUCGUCAACCUGGCCACGUCUCCCGACAGGAGAAACUGGACUACGUCGAGGAGGUUAUCAAGCUCCUAGGAAUGGAAAACUAUGCUGAUGCCAUCGUCGGUGUCCCCGGUGAAGGUCUCAACGUUGAACAGCGUAAGCGUCUGACUAUCGGUGUCGAACUUGCUGCCAAACCUCAACUGCUUCUCUUCCUUGACGAACCUACAUCCGGUCUCGACAGUCAGACUUCUUGGUCUAUUCUCGAUCUUAUCGACACCCUGACUAAGCACGGUCAAGCUAUUCUCUGCACUAUCCACCAGCCCUCUGCUAUGCUCUUCCAGCGUUUCGACCGCUUGCUUUUCCUUGCCCGGGGUGGCAGAACCGUCUACUUUGGUGAAAUCGGCGAGAGGUCCUCCACACUUUCUAACUACUUCGAGAAGAAUGGCGCCUCCCCGCUUCCUAGUGAUGCCAACCCCGCCGAAUGGAUGCUUGAAGUUAUUGGUGCAGCCCCAGGAUCUCACUCUGAUAUUGACUGGCCUGCUGUCUGGAAGGAGUCUCCCGAGCGUAAGGCUGUGCACGAUCAUCUGGCUGAACUGAAGAGCACUCUCUCCGCGAAGCCUACUGAUGAACCUAGCAACGAUGCCGGUAGCUAUAAUGAAUUCGCCGCUCCUUUCACUGUCCAACUCUACGAGUGCCUGAUGCGUGUGUUCAGUCAGUACUGGCGCACCCCGGUCUACAUCUACUCUAAGGCUGCACUGUCGAUUUUCACCGCGCUCUACAUUGGUUUCUCCUUCUUCCAGGCUAAAAACAGUCUCCAGGGUCUCCAGAACCAGAUGUUCAGUAUUUUCAUGCUUAUGACCAUCUUUGGUAACCUGGUCCAACAGAUUAUGCCUCACUUCUGCACUCAGCGCUCCCUUUACGAGGUUCGCGAGCGGCCUUCCAAGACAUACUCUUGGCAGGCAUUCAUGGCUUCCAACAUCAUUGUCGAACUUCCCUGGAACACACUCGCUGCUUUGCUCAUCUUCAUCUGCUGGUACUACCCUAUUGGUCUCUACAGCAACGCCGAACCUACAGGAUCCGUCCACGAGCGUGGAGCUCUUAUGUUCCUCCUGAUCUGGACUUUCCUUCUUUUCACCUCUACCUUCGCCCACAUGAUCAUCGCCGGUAUUGAACUUGCCGAGACAGGUGGUAACCUCGCCAACUUGUUCUUCUCCCUCUGCCUCAUCUUCUGCGGUGUCCUCGCUACACCUGCUACUAUGCCCGGCUUCUGGAUUUUCAUGUACCGUGUCUCUCCUUUCACAUACCUCGUCUCUGCGAUGCUGUCUACCGGUGUCUCCGGCACAGACGUUGUCUGCGGAGCCAUCGAGUACCUCACCAUCAACCCUCCUUCCGGUGAUACCUGCUACCAGUACAUGGAACCUUACAUCAACCUCAACGGUGGUUACCUCAAGAACCCCAAUGCCACUUCCGACUGCUCCUUCUGCACUAUGGAUAGCACUGAUACCUUCCUUGCAUCCGUGGGCAGCUACUACAAGGACGCGUGGCGCAACUUUGGCUUCAUGUGGGUGUACAUCGUCUUCAACAUUUUCAUGGCCGUGUUCAUUUACUGGCUUGCGCGCGUGCCCAAGGGUAGCCGCAACAAGAAGACUGCUUGA